UUCACUUUUAGUCUCUUACUACUACAUUUGUACCUCUGUAGAAGUAUUUAGGAAAGUUCCUGUACGGUUUUCGGUGACUGUGUGGAUUUAAAGCGGUUAUGUAGAAGUUAUGGGACGCUUUGUGUUGUGCAAAAGAAACGAGGUUUUAAAUCUCUCAGUUCGUUGUUUUUCUCUCAGCUACGCUCGGUAAGUCGAUACUCCGAUUCUCAUCAAUACAUACCGGUACCGAUACACAGCGGCUGGAUCUUUCCAUACCGUCGGCAACUUCAGCUGGGAUUUUCGGGGUUGUUUUGGACGGAAAUGGAAGUAACCAUGGAUAAGGACUGCAGUGCUCUCGGAGGACUUUUUCAGGCUGUUAUUGCAGACAUGAAGAGCAGCUAUCCAGUUUGGGAGGACUUCAUCAGCAAAGCAGGAAAGCUUCAGUCUCAGCUCAGGACAACAUUGAUGGCUGUGGCUGCGUUUCUGGAUGCCUUUCAGAAAGUGGCUGACCUGGCUACCAGCACAAGAGGAGGAACCCGAGAUAUCGGCUCAGCCCUCACCAGGAUGUGCAUGAGGCACAGAAGCAUCGAGGCCAAACUUCGCCAGUUCUCCACGGCAUACAUGGAUUGCCUGAUUAAUCCUCUUCAGGAGCAGCUGGAGGAAUGGAAGAGAGGAGCAAACACACUGGAUAAGGACCAUGCUAAAGAAUUCAAGAAGGCCCGACAGGAGAUCAAGAAGAAAUCCUCAGACACCUUGAAGCUGCAGAAGAAAGCUAAGAAAGGGAGAGGAGACAUUCAGCCUCAGCUGGACAGUGCUGUUCAGGACGUAACAGAUAAAUAUCUGCUGCUGGAGGAGACCGAGAAGCAGGCGGUCAGAAAAGUGCUGAUUGAGGAACGAGCUCGAUUCUGCUCCUUCGUCUCUAUGCUCAGACCAGUAGUGGAUGAGGAAAUGUCCAUGCUGGGAGAGAUCGUCCAUCUGCAGACCAUUGCAGACGACCUCAAAGCUUUGACCCUGGACCCUCACAAACUGCCACCUGCCAGCGAACAGGUCCUACAUGACCUGAAGGGUUCCGACUACAACUGGUCCUUCCAAACUCCUCCCUCCUCUCCGAGCACCACAAUAUCCAGGAAGUCCAGCAUGUGCAGCAGUUUGAACAGCGUGAACAGCAGCGAUUCACGCUCGAGUGGCUCGCUUUCUCAUUCGUCCUCCCCGCUCUAUCGCUACCGCAGUGCUGGCGUGCCGCAGCAGGUCCCCGCUCGCCUCCCCAGCGCCUCCUCACAGGACUCGGGAUUCGUCUCGCACGAUGCCUUCCAGUCCAAGUCGCCUUCGCCCAUGCCGUCCGACCCCCCCUCUCAGGCUCCUGCCAGCUCUGCUUCAUCAGAUUCUUCCGAACUGGGUCAAUCAGUCAGCGAGUGCAGCUCUCCCACUGAAAAGCUGACAAACGGCUACGACCACUACAGCUCAAUAGACAUGGCCUACCCAUCUGGAGGGGCCUUCAAGUUUCCAUCUCCCUCUCCUAUGUCCUCUUCCUCCUCCUCCUCCUCCUCUUCCUCAACACUGAGGUCUUGGCCUAGACCAGGCUCGGCGCUCCUCCCCGAUUAUCCACAUUACUGCACACUGACCCCCGGCAUGCUCCCUCCAUCAUCCAGAAUCCCCAGCUGGAAGGACUGGGCCAAACCGGGUCCAUAUGAUCAGCCCAUGGUGAACACACUGAGGAAGAAGAAGGAACCGAAGGAGGCACCAGAUUCUAACACCUCCCACCAGCCGGCUGUUAACUCUAUGCAUGAGGACCAUCAAAGAACCAGGAGCAUUGCCACUACACCGAAGGUGGAGGAUGUGGAGGUUCGGGAGGACUUGGCUCUGGCUCUAUCUUGUGGUCUGCAGUUGGACACUCAGCACUCCAGCAGAGACUCGCUGCAGUGCUCCAGUGGUUACAGCACCCAGAGCACCACACCCUGCUGCUCUGAGGACACCAUCCCAUCUCAGAUGUCUGACUACGAGUAUUUCUGCGAGCAGCAGGACUUUAAUAAAUCCUCCACCGUCCCACGCAGCAGCGACCUCAGCCAAUCCUGUCGCAGAAUGUUCCAGACCAAACGGCCGGCCUCCACCGCCGGCAUCCCAUCUUUACCAAAUACAUCCUCUGUAAACUCACAUGUCCCUGGUGUCGCCACUAUCCGACGCACCCCGUCAACCAAACCUUCAACGCGCAGAGGUGCAGGGCCCCUUCCCAUCCAAACCCCCGUCAUCCCGGUCAAGACCCCCACACUACCUCACCCGAUGGGGGUGGAGUCUUACCUGGAGUUAGAGCAUGGUGAGUAUAUGGAGGAUGAAUCAGUCCUUCCUGUGCAGUCAUGGAGCGGCCAGGCCUCAAUUAAUCCACCCAGAUCAGCUAUGUAUGAGGGGUACGAGGGCGCACUGGAAGAGGGCGACACCAUGCUGCUGGCCAUACGAAAAGGAGUCAAGCUAAAGAAGGCCAUGACCAAUGAUCGCUCAGCACCACGCGUUAUCUAACAUUUAUUAUGAUACAGAGGAGGCCAGUGGUGGCUUGAAAAACCUCAGACUCACCCAAAAUGACACUUUUAAGUGCAAAUGGACAAAAAGUACAAAAGAGACCAUCUUUCCUGGUGUAAUUAUAUUUUAUUUUAAUCUUUGCAUAUUAUAAAAAAGAUUUAAUUGUGGACAAUAAGAUUUGUAAGAUAAUUUAAUGGUCUUAAUAAGAUUUUUUUUUUUGUAUUGUGAUAUUUAGAAUAUGUUCUUUUAUAGUGUAUUUCCUAGAGUAUAACACGACACCCUUUAUUCUAAAUGCCUGAACAAACAAAAAUAUAUAAUUCUUUGUUAUUUCGCCCCUACCUUAAUUGUUCCUGCAAAGCCACACCUCAAACACACACACACAAACAAGCUGCUCAGAACAAAAUGAGCAAAGUGGGACAAAGACCAAAAAAGUGAUUCUUUCUUUUAAUCACUGAAAAAUAACAAUUUAAUAUAGCUGACAUUAUUCAUGAUGCCUUUAGUGAUGAUGAAGAACAGCAACAUGGGUCCUGUGGUCUGUAAAACGUUUGUAGGAAUUUUCACUCUGUGGCUGUGUGGGAUUUUUAUAGGAACUUUGUUUUUCUCCAGUCAUCCAAAAAUAUCAUCCACAAAUAUGUGAAAAGUGGAUUGGCUAUGUGUGUUGCACUGUAAUGAAUUGGUGCUUUAUCCAGUGUACACAGUAGACAUGCUAGUUUAGUGAUAUUAGCGAUAUUGUACUGGAAGAAGAAUAGCUGAUGGCUCUAAAACUUGAAGUGAGAGCUUAGCUGCUUUUUCUAUCAUCAACUAUUCUUGUUUCAGUACAGCACUCUAAUGACUAGACUGGAAUUUAUCAAUAUCAACAAAUGACCAAUUCUUUGGCAUAUUCACUAAACAAAAAGAUGUAAAAUAUGUAAAUGUGCUGUUUAAGGAGGGCAACAGGGGUGUCUCAUAGUGUGGAAAAUACAGUGGGGUUUUUUUGUUAAGUCGAAUAUAUUGCUUUAUAUCGCACACAUUAUCGUAUGUUUUGUUUUACUCGCUUAAGAUUUUAAAUCAAUACCGUGGAUGGACAGGUUCUAAAUUGAACUUUAUAUUUUUAAUUCUAGGACGGUAUGGGAAGAUUGUAAGUAUUUGUAUUGACACAGAAAGGGUAUAGAAAGUAAGAAAAGUAUUAUAAAGUCUGUUUUAUUUUCAUACAUUAUUACAAUUGAUAAGUUUAACGUAUAUAUCUUAAUAAGCUAAAUAUUGUAAUCAUUUAGAUUUGUUUGUAUGUUUUUUACCAGUUUAUUACAAUCCCAGUGUGAAUAGUUUGUUUGGGAGCACUAGAUGGCAGCAAAUUCAAGAAAUUGUAUAGAAGCUUGUAUAUAGAAGUACAGUAGGGCGCGCUUUAAAUUUGUUUAUCCGCUCGACAAAGUCCGUUUAUUUCUCGUAUAUUUGCUGUGAAUAUUGUGUAUUAUAUAAAUAAACUACGAAAUUAGAAUAGAAAAGCACACGAACACACGUAUUAAAACACUAAAAUCAUCUAACUCUUUAUUGUUUAGCUUUUUUAUUUUUACUUGUCACCGUCGUCCACUUUCAUUUCAAAUACCUGCAUAUCCUGUUAUAUAAUUGCUUGAUGGUUGUUAGCAUCUAGCUUUCUGGUUUAUUUAUGUGUAAAUUGCAAAUAGAACACAAUCUAUAAACUCUAAAGGUAAAUAAUCCAAUAUAAUGUUUAUGGUUUAUAUAUAUUUUUUUUCCUAAUUUAAAUAUUGGUGCUGUUUUUGUUGUUUUUCUGUACUUUCUUUUUCUGUAAUGUUCUUCACCAUUAUGGGUCCACUGGAAUAAAAAAUCACUAUA